GAGCAGGUCAAACACACAAACAGGUGGGCCAGUCUGUUGUGAAUGGUGGGUGAGGCGGUCCAUGGCCGGCCUCCAGCAUACACUCCUCGAGCUGGACACCUGCACCACGUGAGAUACACCCACGUUCACCCAUAUCGCGGCCACUGUUAUAAACCACAUCGUAAGGAGUGAGGCCCUGCAGUCAUCAUGCCACAGACUCACCGCAGCUCAGCAUUUAGUGGAAAAAAGAAAAAGGAGCAGCUUAAAGCCCGUAGAGAAAGAAAACAAUUUGUUCGUACUGGUGAUGUUUCAGAACACAAGCAAGGAAACUACCAGGACAGCUCGGAAAUAUUUGACACAGGUUCGGUUACCCUCAAGGAAGAUGUAUCUGGAGAUGUAAAUUGUGUGAAUUACUUGGAAGAUACCCAAGCCAUUAACCUACAGCCCAAAGCUAAGGGCAAUACAAACAGAUAUAAUUUAAAGUUUAGAAAAGAAGCACCGGAAGAGGCGGAGAAACGAAAAGCUCUUCACUAUGCCGAGAUUGUCCCCGUACCAGAGUGCGAGUUCGAAACAACGUCGGAUCAGUUCUACCCACCGGGCCUACGCUACCCAACUAGGCCAGCAUGGAAGAAGAAUGUGACAAAACAUGAGUUAGACCGCACUGAAAACCGAUACUUCAGAUUAUUUUGUGAGCGACUGAAUAAGGAUUUUGCCGACACUGAAUUGAGUUUAUACGAGCUGAACUUGGAGACAUGGAGACAGCUCUGGAGAGUAACAGAAAUGUCGGAUAUUUUGCUUCUUAUUGUAGAUGCUCGGUUCUCGGUGGCCCAGUUCCCUCCAUACCUAUACGACCAUCUUGUAGAAAAGGAAAACAAAGGCAUUAUACUCAUCUUGAACAAGUGCGAUCUUCUGCCUCCAGCUGUAGUUGUCGCUUGGGAGCAAUACUUCCACGACAAGUUUCCAAAGUUGCUUGUGGUCCCGUUCUCUUCAAUGGAAGGCUAUGCUUUCCGGAGAGGAACACUGAAAAUGGCUGCUGAAAGCUCUUUAAAGCUUGUCGAUGCUUGCCAGAAGUUGGUGGAGCAAUCAGUUGAUCUCAGUCUUUGGAGAAGGAAGAUAGAGGAAGAGCGAGAAAUGGAGAGUGAGGCCGGCCAAGAGUGUGAAGCUACGGAAGGUGUGACGGUGAUGACUCAGAGCACCAGACCUGAGGUUCAUCAACGUUUCAUGGAUGGUAUUCUAACCAUUGGAACUAUUGGCCACCCUAAUGUGGGAAAGUCUUCGCUCAUUAAUGCACUCAUGGGAAAAAAGGUUGUGAGCGUAAGCAAAACUCCUGGCCACACCAAGCACUUCCAGACCAUCUUCAUUACUAAAAAUGUUAAGUUGUGUGACUGUCCAGGUCUGGUAUUCCCAUCCACAGUCUCGAUACCACUACAGGUUAUGCAAGGCAGCUAUCCCAUAUCUCAGGUUCGUGAUCCAAUUGGCAUCGUUCACUAUGUUGCCUCAAGGCUAGAUAUUCCCAAACUACUCAAGCUCUCGAAUAAAGAAUUGGAGGACAUGAAAUGGACUGCUUACUAUAUUUGUGAAGCUUGGGCUGUAAAGCGGGGAUACCAUACUCGUGUUCGAGGUGGGAUAGAUGUUUCAAGAGCUGCCAAUGAGUUGCUUCGAUUGUGUCACAAUGGUCAGAAGUCACUCGUAUUAUUCUUGAGACCACCAGGCUACUGCCAGAAUAAAGAAAACUUCGAGAACAAUCCUCGGGUAGAGGCAAUAAAGCUUAUCCAAGGUGUUCAUGCAAAAGCCACAGAACCUUUGCAAUACACACAAUUGCAUGAAGAAGUGGAGGCUGAGGUUGAUGAGUUGGUAGAUGAUAACGUGGAACACACACACAGUGAAGACGAAGUAUCGUGUGAUGAAACUGACAGUGAAGAGGAGGAACCCAGGGCUAUUGUGGGGAACAAAUUUGCCCUCCUGGGUGAAGAUGAUUAAAAAUAAUCUAGAUAAGAUUUGUUUUUAAUAUCCAUUAUGAAAGAUGUGCAAUGUUAUAAGGAUAGUUGGUGAUUUUUCCUCAAUAUAUAACUUGUAUAUAUUUCUGGUAUUUCUUUGUGACCAGAUUUGUGCAUGCAUUCCUAGAACUGUAUACAAAUAUUGCAAAGUGUGUAUAUUUUGUUUGAACAUCUGAGGAAUUUACCACACUGCUCUUCCAUAUGUUUAUAGUUUCGAUUUUCUCUGAUUUUUAAUACAGAUUGAAAGUUAGGUUAGAUUUAUCAGGAAAAUAAAAUAUACAUGAUGAAUGUACAGUUUAUGUACAUAAAUUUACCAAAUAAUAUUUGACUUUAAAAUACAGUAGGUACACAAAUAUAACGUGCUUAUUAAGCACAUUGCCCAAAGUCAGAAGAUUUAUCCUUUCAUUACAUUUAUGCAGGAAUAAUCACAUUCUGGCAGUUACAGAAAGGUUUCAUAAUUUUAAUUCAGAAUAUGGAAUAAUCAUAAUUUAUGUUUAGAAAAAUUUAGAACAAUGAGUACAUAAAAUAUUUUGGUUCACAACCCAUAGGAUCGUUUUGGUAAAAGCUCACUUGAUGCACAAAAUUCCAAGCCAUGAAAUGAAAUGUUCAUAAUAUCUCUUGAAUGCAGCUUUUAUUUAACUCUAAAAGUUUAAGACAUUAUUUAAUGUCUUUAACGUAAAUUUCUUAGUGGGUUAUCAAUAUUUUGUGAAAGUAAUAAUCUAGUUUUUUUUUUUUCUCUUUUUGCCCAUGAUAAAUAAUGAUGCAUGAUGGUAUUUGGCCAUUUAAAGUUUUGUAGUUAUACAUUGCCAAGGAAGUUACCAGUUAACAAUAAUUUUGAGUUUUCAUAUAUUAUGAAGAUGUGUACCACUUGCAUAAAACAACUCCAGACUGACUUGAAACAUUUAAAUGCUGUAUGCAAUAAAAUGUGCUUUAAAAGGAAAUAUGUUAAGGAAGUAAUAUGUUGCCAAAAUAUUUAUUAUUCAGCAAUACUGUACCUACUUUUAUCUCAUUUUUAUUGUGCAAUUAUUUGUAUCUCUUACGUGCCACAUUUUGCAUUUUGGGCAAGAUGAUGCAGACAAAUUACUGUACAUUGAACUAAUAAGAUUGAAAAACUUUUAAGCAACUAUACGAAUGUAUAGGUUCCUUGCACUAAUAUAAAUAAAAGUAUUUGUGAAUAA